AGCGUCGUUACUUGCGAGGUUGAGUUGAGUGACUUUACUAUAGUAGCCCAACAUCUCCAUUUUCAAAAGUCAAAAAAUAUGGCUGCAUCUGCAAAACCAGGCACACUCACUUAUCAGCAUUUUCACUCUCAUCGCAAAGAAUUUCCUCUAUUUGAUUGCACUUCUAUCCUUCCCAGGUUCAGGGAUUCUCGAUUUUCUCAGCUCAAGCUCGCAAGAAAUGCAUCAAAUCUUCCUGUUACUAGAGCCCAGAGCUCCCCUGGCCCUGUAGAUUAUAUUCCAGAUUCUGAAUUUUACAAAGUGGAAGCGGUUGUCAGGCCCUGGCGAGUCCAACAGGUUUCUUCAGCUUUGCUGAAAAUGGGUAUUCGUGGUGUCACGGUUUCUGAUGUUCGAGGCUUUGGUGCUCAAGGAGGAUCAACAGAGCGACACGGUGGCUCUGAAUUUUCUGGUGACAAGUUUGUUGCUAAAACAAAGGUGGAAAUUGUGGUGAGCAAAGACCAGGUUGAAGCAGUAAUAGACAAGAUAUUGGAGGAGGCAAGAACUGGAGAGAUUGGUGAUGGCAAGAUUUUCUUGAUACCCGUCUCAGAUAUCAUAAGAGUUCGCACUGGUGAGCGUGGAGAAAAGGCCGAGAAGAUGACUGGGGGACGAUCUGAAAUGCCCUAUGCUGCAUGACCAUGUUCAAGUUGCCAUAUGAGCAAAGAGCAGAUUAAUAACCCUCUUAUUGUAUUGUACUUGUUAUUCUUAUGCCUAAUAAAAAUAAGAGUGUGAUGACUUUUAUUUAUUUA